AAAAAGACCCAGAACCAGCAGGGGAUCAUCAUCUGUGUAUUUGGGGAAAAUACAGGAGGGAAAAGAUUUUGAAGAGAUGGACGACGUCGAUCGAUUGUUCCAGUGCUUCAAAUGCGGCGUCUCUCCUCCUCAAUGUUAACAAAAGGCUGAUAUUGAAACAAUUCAGAAGAUUAGGGGGGCAAAUGUAGCAAUUUUUAGUUGAAAGGGAGUCAGCUAUUAGAGAAAGAAAAUCAAACAAACACAAAUUGAAGCAAGUCCGUCCAACAAAAGAGUUGUCUGAGUAUUCUGAUACUCCACCUAUGGGAUCGCCACAAAAAAGACAACAGCAUGCAACAGAUGUGCAGCUCCAUAUGCAGAAUUUUGGUUCAACCACAGUUAAAACAAACAACUUCAACAAAAGGAAGCAUCUCUCUCCAGUCAUAUUCUAUGGUUCUCCGCAUGGCGUGCCUCCAAAGAGACCAUCUCAUUUGUUGCGAUUGUUACGUGAAAUACAUGUUGAUCUUGCUGAACAGAAAAAACUAAGAGAGCAAGUAUGGGCUACAUUCCCUAGGCAAGACGAGGCCAUAAAGUACGCAAAAGAGCAUGCACAUGUUUAUGUUUUCAGUUACCAAGAUCAUAUGAAUGGACAAAGGAGGUUCCUUGUUUCAACAUAUGAAGAGUUUUGGCGGAGGUACAAAAACAUGAAUCCUAGAUUCCGCCACCAUUAUGAAGUGAUUCAGGAGGGAUUGCCAUGCCACCUUUAUUUCGAUUUGGAGUUCAAUAAGAGAGACAAUGCUGAAAAGAAUGGAGAUGAGAUGGUUGAUCUCCUGAUAUCGGUUGUCUUCAAUGUCUUAUUUGAUAAGUACUCUAUUCAAGGAGAACAUGACUGGAUUGUAGAACUUGAUUCUUCUACUGAAGAAAAAUUUUCGCGUCAUUUAAUAAUCCGCUUACAGAAGACUGCUUUUAAGGACAAUUCACAUGCUGGUGCAUUUGUUGCUGAGGUAUGUUCAAGGAUCUGUAGUGCAAGGGAGAGUGAUGGCAGAUUGGAAAAAUUGCUUGUUUCAAAAGACUCAGGCUCUGCUGGUAGCCCUUGCCAGCUUUUUGUGGAUACUGCUGUCUAUUCUAGAAAUCGCUGCUUUCGCUUACCUCUUUCAUCAAAAGCCGGGAAAAAUUCUAUUCUUCUACCUACUGGGCGUUUUAAAUGCAAGAACAUGAGUGAAGAAGAUGUGUUCAUGGCAUCCUUGAUCUGCAACAUGGAUGUUGACUGUGAGAAGCUUCUAAUCUGCAAAAUGGAUUUAGAUUGCGUGAAAGUCCUUCAAUUUGAUACAGAGGUAAAUAGUGAUUUCCAAAAGCAAUCAGGUGCCUCUCAAGAAUUCACUUUGAAUUCUUGCACAAGUGAUGUUUCAAGAACUUAUUUGAUGGGAAAAUCACCAUUUCCAGCCUUGGACGCGUUUGUGGAAUCUAUUGCAUCAGUAGGAAAUGUGUCAGGAAAAAUCCGAAGUUGGUAUUGGUUCUCAGAGUAUGGAUUGAUGGUCUACAGCAUGUCAAGAAAUAGAUAUUGUGAACGAAUUGGUAGACAACAUAAAAGCAAUCAUGUGAUGUACAUUGUUGACCUAAGAAGAGCCAUUUAUUAUCAGAAAUGCCAUGAUCCUGAUUGCAGAGGUUAUCGAUCCCCUUUGCGUCCAAUCCCUAUUGAUGUCAUUCCUGAUGCUACAAUUUUCAUCAAUUUUGUUGGGCAUAAUGGAGGUUCGGUGGACGAGAACCUUGAAUGUCAACUUGUUGAAAAUGUUCAGGAGCAUAUUACAUUUUACGGUGAUGAAAGCGUCACAGAUAGCGUCAAGAAAGAUGAAUGGUGGCUUGAAGCCAUAAGAGUUGCAGAAAAAGUUGAGAAUCCUAUAACAUUAGAUUUCAGUGGAAUGGGCGAAACUGCUGAUGGAGAUGAAGAGGACUGGUGGAUGGCAGUCGAAAGGACCGCAUCCCAGGCUGAACUAAAUGUGGGAUUGGUACAAUCCUGAUAUUGAUACAUGAGCAAUGUGAAAUGCCAGUCUGUAGAAUUCAUGUAAAUAAUUCUUUAUAUGGUCUUUGUAUAUAUGUAACCUGACCUUUGUUGGUCUGUAUUAUUGGAAAAUAUAGUGCUGUAUAUUUGAAAAUGCUUUGUGCACAAGAGAGAUUAAGAGAUGAUUGUGGUUUCAAUUGAUGCUUACAGCUCAGGUGAGUUGGUCAACCAUAUAUCUAGAAAGCUAGCUCCGCUACGAGGUGCUGUUAACAUUACCUAAAAUACAAAGAGAGUACGCUUGUGUUUUUAUAAUUCGGAAUUUAGAAGAGAAUUAUGAAAUGAAAAGAAAUGGUAAUGGUAAA